GCGCCUCUUCCUCGAGAUCAAACAUGUAGUACCCCUAGGAUGCACCGAUGUCACCACAUAUUUAAAGUCUAUAUAAACUUUUUUACGUUGUUUGGUUGCCUUAGCAACCCGCUCUUUACCUCAUUCUUCUUCGUUGUGCCGAUUAAGCCACAAGCGAAUAAAUAAAAAAUCCGUAAUAUGGGAAAAAGGAAAUAUUCAGAAGAUUCUGAAGAUUCGUCAGGAGAAGCAGAAGAUUUGAGGAUGUUGAUGAAACGAUUGGAUAAGAAAUUGAGAGAAAAAAGUAGACACAAACAUUCGAAAAAUCAUAGAAGAAAGCGACGUUGUUCGAGAGAAUCUGACAAUUUUAGCGACGAAAAAAGCGUUGCAGACCAGCGUUCGUCGAAAUCGUCGGGCAGGGACGAUAUAUCUGACGGAAAUUCGAUGAGAUCUGAAGAGGACGCGAAUGAUGAAACAGAAGAGGUUGUUGUGUUAAAUGCAGAAGAAAGAAAAAAUUCAUUGACGAGUGGAGAAGAAGGUGCAGAGACACAAUCGAAUGACAUCGUUCUAGAACCAGAGGUUCUUGGGCUUAUUGGGAAACGUCUUAUCCAAGAGAGAACAUUAGCGCCGCCAAUUCAUAAUAGUUUGGCCAGUCGAUGGGAAGAUGUUAUUAAAAAAGGACUUCCAGAUGAAGAAAGAUCAGAGAUUUUGAAGAAAUAUUCUCCACCAAAAAAUUGCGAAAUUAUUGAUCCUCCUAAAUUAAAUUUGGAGGUUAAAGCUUCUUUGGAAGUUAACAUUGUAAAAAGAGAUGAACGAAUUGUGGAAACUCAGACAAAAAUUGGAACCGGUUUGGCUGCAUUGGGAAGAGCAUUAGAUCUUGUGCUUAAGGGGGAUGGUCCAGAAAAAUUGAUACUUUUAGAGUGUUUAAGUAGCACGGCCAAUCUUCUCGCGGAUCUUCAACAUGACGAAACGGAGAUUCGUAAGAGUUUGAUCUUGAGGAACAUAAGUCCUUCGAUUCGAGAAACCUUGAAGGAUACAGUCACGAAUGAAUGGUUAUUCGGGAAAGAUCUUGAAGAAAAAAAGCCCGGCCCGAAGUUAUCGUUACAAGAUGAUGGUUCCAAAUACAAGGGUGAGCGGGCAAAGACCAACCAACAAGACACAAGACAAGGGAUCGUAUUAUCGGAACCGCAAUUCAUCGAGGAACAUUCAAACGGAACGACACAAACGGCGAUAGAUACAACAACACCCACUGUGGGAGAGGAUUACCCUGGUUGUCGGGACGCUAUCAGGGAAGCCUUCAAGAAAAAAGAAAUACCUGAGGAAGUGAUAGAUCUUAUGAUAUCGUCUAUUUCGGAUUCCACAAUUAAACAAUAUAAUAGUGGUAUUAAAAAAUGGUGGAUAUUCUGUCAAGGAUUGAGGAUUAAUCCAUACAAAGACGAUGUACCAAAAGUAAUUAGUUUUCUCGGACAAGAGUAUAAAAAUAAUGCAUCUUUCGGGUCGUUAAAUUCAUAUCGGUCAGCAAUUGCGCUGCUCCAUGGUCCUCAAUUGGGAGAAGAUUAUCGUAUCAAAAGAUUUUUCAGAGCUAUUUCAAAGGUUCGCCCAGCAAAGCCAAAAUAUGAUUCAACAUGGGAUCCACAAAUAGUUUUGGAUCACGUGUGCCAAUGGGGUGAUAAUGAGAAAAUGCCUUUGGAAAAAUUAGGAUUUAAGCUCGUUACACUUCUUGCAUUAAUCACGGGUCAACGUAUGCAAACUUUAUCAUUUAUUGACGUAAGAAAUAUUGAACAGAAGGAUAAUAUAAUAGAAAUAAAAAUACCAGAUACAAUUAAGACGUCGGGUAAAAAUAGAAUACAACCGACGUUAAUUAUUCCGAAUUUUUAUGAAAAUAAAAAUAUAUGCGCGGCUUCAGCGCUCCAAACGUACAUUACAAGAACAAAACGCAUUCGUGAAAUUGAAACGAGAAUGUUUAUAUCUGCAAAAAAGCCAUUUAAGGCAGUUUCGAGUCAAACAUUAAGCCGAUGGAUAAAGAGUACACUCGGUGAAAGUGGAGUGGACGUCGAUAUAUUCGAUGCCUAUAGUACACGACAUGCAUCAACUUCGGCUGCGAAAAGAAAAGGAGUGAGCAUUGAUGCUAUCAAGAAAGCAGCAGGGUGGACAUCUAAAUCUAGUACGUUUGCGAAAUUUUAUGAUCGUAAUGUUUCAAUAAAUAAAGAUGCGUUUGCAAGAGCCAUUCUUGAUAGGAGGGAAUGAAGGAUUAAUUGGUUGUUUUUUGUUAAUUAUAAUUGGUUGUAAUCAGUUCAUAAUAAAUAAUGAAAUGACAGAUUA